UUUUGCUGGAGUCACCGUACAGUGGAUUACGCCAAGGAUUCUUUGGGAGGGACCAUGAUGACUGUGGUCAUCUUUUGGAUCAUCCAGAAUCACCAUCCUGCACUAGACAAGGCAGCCUGGGCUGGCAACCAAGGUGAACAACAUCGAUAGAGUUGAAAUUUCCUGCAGGCACCGGUGGUUGCUGUGGUCAAGAGAGUCACCCUGCAAAACAUGCCACCCUCUCCCCUUCAGAGGACGAAAGCCCAAAUGAUUUAGCUGAAGCAUUGGCAAGGCUGCCUGCAGAACUCCCCAUCAGCUCAGAUACUUGUACCUGUAUUUUACUGAGAUCAGAGUUAGUAGUACCUGCAGAUGAGUAUGCCCCUGCCAUGUCUACACAGCAGGCAGUGAAAGAAACAUCUCAGAUUGCUGACACUUGGAGGGCUGCUGGAGCCCAAGCACCUGCUCAGUUCCAGGCAGGGGAGGAUCCUGUGAUGUAAACAAUUUUACAGAUAGACAGGUGGAUACAGGAUCAGUAGGUAGGUUUUUUUUGGGAACACUGAGCAAUCUAACUCGAAGGCUGAAGCUAUGCAGCUAGGACCCUGCUACCUCUGGUAUGCAAGCGUCUGACUGUCUCCACAGCAAACUUGACAGCUUGCAUUCUGUGCAUUCAAUAGACCAACCGACCUGUACUGUAUCAUUCUAACAUUGGCACUUAACACCAGCAGCAAGGUGGAGGAGGGAAUAAGGGACUCUGAUCUCAACACCAGACUCUCCUUCCCCCAAAAGGAGGAAGGCAGUGCCUGUAGGCAUCUAACUGGAGAAGGAACCAGAGACAUGUAUGGUUCUUCUCUGGACUCUCUAGAUGUGCCUGGCACUCUCAGGUACAGCUGAGGAAGGUAUACCUGCAGAGGAUAUUUGGGCCCUCGAGCCUUAAAUGCUCCUGGAGUUACUCAACCAAACCUGUAAAGCCAACAGGUUCCAUUGUAGGGCAGACAACUCCACCUCAACAGUGGAACCCAGAUCGAGGCAUACAGAUGACACAGGUCUUCAAUAUACAGUUGGUGGCAAGGGAUGUCUCCUCAUGGUGCCAGUGUUGUGCAGACUACAGCAGUCCACUAUACCUCUUGAGUGAAAUGUUGCUGGCUAUCGUAUGGCUCCUCCAGUGUGGACCAGGCAGUGGAAGGACGUUCAACACACUGAUGAAUGUGAAGGAUCAUCAGCAAAUUGCUCAAAACAUGGAAGGCAGACCUUUAGAAAUGAAAGUUGAUACAAAUGAUGCAGAAUUCCAAGCCAUCGUAGCCCUCGCUAUACAGGAAUUUAGCAAGAAGUCUGCAUUCAUCUACAAUAUUGUGGAGUUUCUGACUAUCGAUGUAAAGGUAUUUGAAGGAGCUGUAUACAUUUUUGAUAUCGUUUUGGGGAAAACUAAUUGCCCAGUCAUCAAAAGUGGGAAGCCACAGGUAAACUGCCAAAUAAUUGAGACUGAAGGACAGUCAGAGUUCUACCUGUGCCACUUUAUCGCAUGGAAAGCUCCUGAUUCUGAAAAACAACAGAUUUUGUCAAGUAAUUGCAAGAUACUUGACCUGUAAUGCCUCUAGAUGAGACUUCUACAAUAAAGAAGAAGUACCUGAACUGAUCUCUAACGACUUUCUGUGCCUGAAUUAACAAUUAACUUUAAGAGCCUUUCAUUCAAUUAUUUAAAUAUCAGAGUGUAGAUGACUUGAUAAAAUAACUAAUGUGCUGUUACCUGUGUAAGACCAGCAAGUUAAUUCUCUGGUCUCUCAAACAAAGGGACUGUGAAAAGU